AUGACGCUGCCGCCCCCGUUGCCAAGGCAGCGGGAAGGCCCAUCUGCACAGAGGAAUUCACAAGAGCCAGGGGAACUGGCCCAAACGGACUUGAGGGCUAUGGCAGACCUUUCUGAGGACACCAUUCCUGAUGAGGUACAGAGUUCCGGUUCAUUCAGCUCCUCUGGAGGACUGCAGCCCUGGCCCCAGGCCUCUGGGAGCAAACCUGCGAGUGGAAAGCCGACCACACCCUUGGAAGACGGAGACAAACAAUCUGAGCUUCCAGACUACAAAAAUAAUGAGGAGAAGUUCAGUAGAAAAUGGAUCAACUAUCUCAAGGGCAAAGAAACUAACUCUGGACAGUACCAACCAGACGCUAAACUUCAGACACAAAGCACUCGGGUAUCCGAUGAAGAACUGAACGCCCGGCAGUCUUUUUGCGCCGUUAAGAUAAGCCUGAUCCAUCGCAGAGCAAACUUGAAGGAGAAAAAGAGCAGCAGACAAAAAAAGCCACAGCUGAGAUUGGUUGCAGAGGCUUCAGAGAUAGAUGCCUUAAACUGUACUGUGCCUGAUGAACUUUUGAACAGAAUCUACUUAAAAAACAUAAGGACAGCACCAAAACAGGUGGCAACAGCUGAUCAACACAUUUCUUCUCAGUGCCCCAGUUGCAACAGAAAAAGAGCAGAACUGGCUCAAUCGACCUUUCUGAGACAAAAGAAGACUUUACUGGAGUCACUUCUACUCCAAGAGAAAAUGGAUGAACAUCUUUAUACCAGAGACUUUCUUACCCUUAUUGGAGAUGCACAUCAGGGCCUCCCCAGGCUUUCAGAUGAUCCCAAAAUAAUCUGGAAAAGACUGAAUGAGAAAAGUCAGAUCAGAAACUCUGGUUUUGAAAGGUCAGAUACAGAACAGGUGUGGCAGAAUGAAAAAAGUGUUUGUCAUUUACCUUUUCUCCACCACCUGUCCAAACCACUUACGCUAUCCAAACAGGACACAGUGUUUAUUAAUGAUAAUGUGUAAUGUGAAUAAAUGUUUCUGUUGUGUAUUUGAAUAAUCAUCAUUUUUACAGGCACUUUGGAAACCAGUUUAAGACUUUGCUAUGUUUUCUUCACAGAGGUGACGACUAAAAACUUUCCAUCCAGUACAUUUUUUCACAUUAUAGAGGGCAACACUGUAGUUGGUAUACUUGCAAAGUUUUCACAAUCCAGGAGAGAGAUGUUGGUAGUUUAGGGUUUUGACCAUACCAACAGAAAGAAGUACAGAAAUGUAAGAGAUGGUUAGGAGGUAAUAACAGCCUUUGGUGAAGUAAUGGAUAUGGGAUUUAAUAAAGGGUAAAUGUUAAGAAUGUUACUAAGUUUCUGACUUGUGUAUUUGGAUGAAAGAUAACAUCAUUAAGAUAGGAAUAUUGGAAAAGAUCUUGUUUGAUGGUAGUGAUUAAGAGUGUGAUUAUCUGGACAAAGUUUAAGGUAUAUUUGAGACAUCCACAUUGAGAGGUUGAGAAACAGUUGGUUAUUUGUGGGUGCAGUCUAAAGAAAAGGUUGAGCCUAGAGAUUUGAAAUAAAGUUGGAGGGGUGGUGGUGGUGGAAUCAUUGACAUCUGGUUGGGACUUGAAGUAAGAGAUAUGGUGAGCUUUUCUAGAAGAAAGUAGAGUGAGAGACAGGAGGGGCUAUGAGCAACCCCUGAGAAAUUCAGCAACUAACGGCUGGGUGGGAGAGAAUAAGCCAGCAAAGGAGGUUGAGAAGAAAUGAUCAUAGGAAACCAGGAAUGUGUCAUGUUACAGAGAUCAAAGAAAGAAUAUUCCAAAAAGGAUGGGUUGUCUAAGCAUGCUAACUCAACAGAAAGUUCCUGUGAGAUAACUUAGUUAUGUGUUGGAUUCUGUUGACCUUAGCAAUAGUCACUUCACUUACAGAAAUUGGGCAGACAGACUAAGUGGAUUGGGGAGUAAAUGUAAGUUAAGGAAAUGAAGACUUUGAAUACACUAUAUUCCUGGUUAAGUGCAGGAGAUGGGGGGGAGGGGGUAAGCUGGAGAUAGAUACAGAAUUGAGGAAAGAAUGCUCUAAAAAGCCAUUUUGUUCAUAAAGAUUCUAUGAAAGUUUUCUUGUUCCUCCUAAUUUCCAUUCUGAUGAAACAGUAUCACCCCCUGGAGAAUACCAUGGUAAUCUGAAAAUACAUUUGUUGGAAAAGUGUUAGAUGCAUUCUGAGAAAUUUUAUCUGUUAUUUCCCUAUUCAAACAUAAAUCCUAGAAUUACUGACAGCAUCUGGACAUCAUUUUUCUACAUGUCUAACACCUAAGCUGUCACAAUAAAAAAGAAAUUUGUAAAAAUCAGCACAAAACAGUUUUUGUAUCAUGUUCCAAUAACACUCUUUGGAGUUUAGACCUUCGUUUAUGUAUAAAGAUACUGUUGUAUCCUGUAGAAUUUACCAUAUUUCCUCUUAGUCAUUCCUAAAUAAAAUGGAAAACAAAUCAUUA